AUGGCUCGCUCUCUAAAUAAGGUCCAGAAGCAGAUAUCCAAGAAGCGGGGAGGAAAACUCAAUGCUCUACAUGAGAAUAGUCGGGAUGCAAAGAGGCUCCGACGAGCUGGGGCAAGGGAAGAGAAGUUGGGUCGGCUGAUGGAUGCAGCAGCAAGAGCAAAUCAGGUCUAUGUCGAUCGGGUGGCAUGGUUCAAGUCUGCUCUAGAAGGAUCUUCAGGCCCAUUGACAGACGAAGAAAUGCAAGUACUUACGCAGAGCUUUAUUGACCGGGAGGAUGAAGAACUGGCCGAAGCCAAACAACAGCGUCGACCUGGAAGACCACCGACCAAGGUGGAGGAGAAAAUCAGCCAGCGAAAGGAAGUUGAAGAUCGUGAAUUUCGCGCGGGAUUCUGGAUUCCUGAACUUCGAAACGGGGAAAGCCGGUCGAAAGUCGAGAGAUGGGCCGGAGAGUGGGGUGGAUUGAACACGUUGGACUUUGUUCGUGUUAUUAAGUCAGGCGAUAUCAAACCUUCAAGCUUCCCACCUAAAGGCCUUUCAUAG